AGAAUUUAGCGAGAACUUUUUUUUUUUUUUUUUUAAACAUUUACACAGUGAAGAAGAAGAGGAGAAAAAAAGAGCUCGGGAUGGAUACAGUUGAACACACUGCCUCUACAAUCCUGGUCGUACAAAUAGUGACUAAGAAUUAAAAGAAAGGACUCUUUCUAUUCCAUACUGGAGCUUUGGUUGUUUACAAACCACAUGGAUAUUUCUGUGGGUGCAGUUUUUAUUUUCAUUUCUUUUUUUUCCCCACAUAAGACGGGUGGGGUUUGCAAGUGCGCUUCUGCCAUAUGGACAUUGAGUGGUGUUUUCUUUUGUGUUUUUUUUUUUUUUUUUUUUUGAGGAAGAGUGGCAGGUAUCACAAGAACAUGGACACGGUCCUCUAACUGCACCUUUUGUGUGUAGUUGAGGAUCCUUGAUGAUCAACCCGCGGAGCGGAGGCGGGAAAAUCAAGGACGGGCUCCGUUUUUGUGGAGACUGGAGUGCAGGGCUGCAUAACCCUCGAGGGAACUGAGAGGGUGAUACGAGUACACCCGGUUAGUGCACUCGUCUUCACCCCAACCCUCAGAAGCACUCACACCCUGCCCACUCACCAACUCACCUAUGCACUUUUGUUCAUUCAAGCUGUGAGGUACCAUUUUGGGGAUGGGAGCACAAAUUACAACAGGAGGAUUGCUACGACUUUGACAAAGUCGCUGAAAAAGAUAUUCCCAAACUGAAAUAAGAGACUCAAGAAGCACGUCUUCUCCCACCUCCUGUGUAUAUAACCAUAUUUUUGUAUUAUCUUUCAGAGCAGAAAGAAAAUUUGCAAAUGGAUGAAGGAAAAUUCAUGAGACGUUGACUAUAUGGAGUGAAUGUUCUUAAAGAAAACCAAUCUUUUUGACUAUAGUUUGAGAUGGACUCGCUGUGAGUUUCCCUUAGUUUGCCAGUAACCCUGAAAUAAUCGGGGAUGGAAGGGAGAGAAUAAAAAAAGAAAACAUUGGCUGAGGUGUUGGACAUGCUACAAUGGCUCCAAGACUGACAGUUAUCAAAAUGGAUGACGCGGCCGCUACAAAGAGGCCCGCAAAGAGUGCUUGAUCAACAUGCACAGUGAAGAGGCAGACGUGGGUUUGAAGAGCUUUUGGCAAGGAGGCUUCCACCUCUUCUCCCAACCCGAUGACUGCCUUGAGUGACUGCAGGAGAGAAAAGCUUUGGCAUUGGAGUCUGGCUGUGCUUUAUUUGCUGCUCUCUGCAAGGAGGAUCUAAUCUACAGCCAACCCAUGAACCAGUUGACCCUUGACCUAUCAUUUGAACUUUAAACCCUAAGAAACUUUUCUGUCUCGCCGUCGGCAUUAUCGGCUGGACAGUCAGAUGAAGUUCCAGGUUUACCAACCUUGGACCCCAUCUAUGUUGGACGUGUUGGAUUUGGGAUUUCAUCAGGCGCUCUCUACGGCGAGUAAGAGGAUAAAGAGGCUCGUAUUGCCCAGAUGUCACCCUCCCCUCGGCCUGAAACUCUCAGGUGGUUGUGUGGAGGUCUUCUAACCAGCGGGACUGAAGACUCUCCCAGACGUCAAGAGAUUCGAGAGCUGGAUUGGGUUUCGAUGGACGUGGCUGGAUUACAUCGAAGUCGCCAGAAAUCUCUGCAGCUGUGGAACUGGAUGAACUAAAUAAAGAAAUUGUACAAACAGACUUUGAAACAUGACACGACACAAACGCGUAGCGACACGUCGCAUAGGUCCGAGAGUUCAAAUGGGUUGCAGACACACUACAUGCGCACGUACACUCAGUGACAGUGGCUCUCCUCUGGAACCACGUCUGCAUAUACAUAACGGAGCUGCAUCAAUAUCAAAUCACACACACACACACACACACACACACACACGCGCGCAUCAUCGCUCAUCAAUAUAAACACUGAGCUUUGUAAAUAAUGUAAAUGUUUGUGUUUUUGAUUUUUUUCUCUCAUAGUGGUUUUUGCUUUAUUUCUCUGUUAAACAUGCCUUAAAUUGUAUAGUUCAGUCCUGAACGGCGAACUGAAAGUGUUCUCUAAAUGACGAAUUUAAGUUGGAAACCACCUCCUUAACUGUCCUCUAAAGUGAAAGAAAGAUGGGAGCUUUCUACAAGUCUGUUUACUGUUUGCAAACAGGACGGUCUGUUCUGUAUUCAUUGGCUACAUGUACGUCUGAUCACCAUGGAAGUUACUGUUUAGCUACAAAUUAGAGCAGCAAGCGGUCUUUUGAUUAAUCUGAUUUUGCUGGUUAGCUUUUGUUGCCCUUUUGGUUUCCUUUAAAGGAAGAGUGGUUUUGUUCGGAUUUCCUGUUUAGAUUAUUGCUAAAGGUGCAGGCUUCAUAAAGGGCCGGAGUCUGUACUGUCUGGAGCUGAGCUGACGGGUUGGGACGCACAGAUUGACUUAAAGCACAGACUUGUUGCUGUGUGAGAACCGCUGUUGGAUAUACCGCUCCAGGCUGAACUAAACCAGAGUGACGGGGUCCUCCUCAAAUCGAGAUACCAGUUGGGGCUUUUUGGUUGUUUUUUUUACACUCCGGGAGGACUUAAAAUGUCUUGGAAGCAACUAGGUACUUUUUACAGUUUUGAGAUGUCCGUUCAGGCUUGUAGGAAGCAUGAUUGUAAGAGCAAGCUUCCAUGAUUUGUAAUAUUUGUGGGUUUUGACGCUAAACCUUGAGGUGGGGUCACAACUUGGUCAAGAUUGCUGCAGCUUUGUCAGUGCACCGGGUAGUGCCGCUGCCUGCUAAACAUUUCUGGUAUCACUGAAUAGAUAAGGAAUUGACCGGUCAGUUGUGUUUUAUCUCAAAGGACAUUCUAUGUCCUGAAUAUUUGGAAAGUGUCUUGUCCCACGUAUGUAUAUGUAAUUGGAUUUGAGAGAUGAAUGCUUUUAGUCAACCAGUUUUUUGUAUCUAUUGAAACAAUAUGCAGUUUUUAAUCCAAAGGACAACCGAUAUUCAAUGAAUAUCUUCAGCUUAGACUGGUAAUACACUUAUGAAUUUGUUUAGCUGAGGUUUUGGUGGAUAGUUACCAGAUACAGCUAACUAUGUCAUAACUGUUGAAUUGUGCUAAAAAGUUACGAGGUUUAAUGUUGUUGUGAUCAGUUGCCAAAACCAUGAAUAUACCAUCAAGUCUCUUAUUGGUGAAUAUCUUUAAAAAUACCUAUGUUUGACAUUUUUAUAAGCUGAUAUUGCGUGGUGUCAGUUGUUGGUUGGUCAGUCAGUCAUAAAAAACAAUUUAAACGAGGUUGUUAGUUUUACUGCACUACACAUACUUUUAUGAUUAGAUAAACCGCAAUUUUGUGUUGUCAAAAAGCCCUGGAUGUUUGGUUGCAGUCUUAGAAAAGAGCCUGUCACGGCCUGUCUACUUAACGGGAUGAAGUCAUCUGGUUUAUUUUAGCUCUGGCAACUGUAGUUCCAACAAUAUUGUCCUGAAUGAUGUAAUGUAACUUGUAUCCCUGUCAGCUCAGCUCCUUUGCCUAAUAAGUCUUUGAAUGUUGUUAAAAGAACAGCAUACUUGUAAUGAAACUGUUUAGGAAAAGAACAACUGAAAGAUGUGUAAAUAGUUUGGCUUUUUGUUUGUUUGUUUUAAGAACAAAAUAAAUACUAAAUAAAUAGCAUUUAGCAGUGACUGAAUUAUUUCUUACUGUGUAAAAUGUGUGUGAGACUGCAAAAGAAGAAAAUGAGUAAACAUUAUACAAAACCGUCACAUAAUUGUGCUUAUGAAAAUAGACUGUGAGCAACACACGAGCGCGAUACCGUCAUCAGCGCAACUCUCGCGAUAUUUUGAAACAUGGCCGCCCACAGUGUUUACAACUUCUCGCAAUGAACUGAUGAAUAAAAACACUUUAAGUCCCGAAGAAGAACGUCGUCGAAUAUUUCUGUGAAUCAUUCGUAGUCUCCGACUUGCGGUGAACGUUUUUCACCAUCGAGGAGAGAAGUGUGUAUUGCCAAACUACGAGCAGGCCACAACACAGGCUAGUCGGUGCUGUGAUGUCCUCGACCCCCAGCAGACUCAAACACCCACACUGCAGGAAGAAGCACUAUCCUAGCAGCACUUACCUCACCCACGUCUGACAGCCAACCACCUGACUCGAGGCAAUUUGGACGCCAGGUGGAGGACUUGACAGGACAGCUUGAGAAACAAAGAAGAGAUGUCUGACUCGGCUGGAAGUGGUGAAAGCGGUGGAGUGGCAGGCGCAGGGCAGGACGCAGAAGCGGAUGGCGAGCCCCCUCAUCAGGCACUAGCUUCGCCCGAAGGUGACCGCUUAGAGGGAGAGGUGACCUCAGAGGACGUGGUACCUUCGUCUGCCAAGCGGCCCAGAAUAAGCGAGGAGGAACUGGGACUGGAGCAGGUUGCAAAGCCUCUCGAUAUGCAUGGAGAAACACCGGCACAGACUGGCCUACUGCAGGAAGAUCCAGCCCCACCAGAACAAAGAACAGGAGAACCAUUGCAGCGUGAGGACGUAGGGGAAGAGGCGCCCGAGAUCGGGGGAGGUGAAGAAGAAGAAGAGUGCCAUCAGAAUGGAAAUGGAGGGCAUGAUGCCCCCUUGGAAGAAGGAGAGACGAAACCAGAGGAGGAGCUCAAUGAUAACGGAUCUGCAGACAUCCCCAGUGAAGGGCAGCGCCUUGGCCUAGAUUUUACCCAGAACCCCCAGAUGCUGACUGGUUCCUGGACUGAGUACUCCAACUUUCCAGAGAAUUACCUCAAAGGCUGCAAAUGGGCUCCUGAUGGUUCCUGUAUCCUGACCAACAGUGCAGACAAUGUGCUGCGUGUGUACAACCUCCCUCCAGAGAUAUACAGCUACAACUGGGACUCGCUCCCUGAGAUGAGUCCAGUGCUGAGGAUGGCAGAGGGAGACACCAUCUACGACUACUGCUGGUACCCCAAGAUGAACUCUCUGGAUGCGGACACAUGCUUUCUCGCCAGCAGUAGCCGAGACAACCCAGUCCACGUGUGGGACGCGUUCUACGGGGAGGUGCGAGCCAGUUUCCGACCCUACAAUCACCUGGACGAGCUGACGGCAGCCCACUCCCUCUGCUUCUCGCCCGAUGGCACGCAGCUCUACUGCGGCUUUGACAAAAUGGUCAGGGUCUUCUACACCGACCGCCCUGGAAGAGACUGCGAGGAGCGGCCCACCGUAGUGAAGAAGCAGGGCCAAAAUGGCAUCAUCUCCUGCUUUGGCUUCAGCCCCUGCCAGUCUGUUUACGCCUGUGGCUCUUACUCCCGCUGUGCCGGCCUCUACUCCUGCCAAGACGGCUCCCUGCUGGCUCUGCUGCCGACCCGCCACCACGGAGGCCUCACCCAUCUGCUCUUCUCCCCCGAUGGCAACUACCUGUACACCGGCGGGCGCAAGGAUCCAGAGAUCCUGUGCUGGGACCUAAGAGAGCCGGGCAAGGUCGUGUUUUCACUCAAGAGAAACGUGGCCACCAACCAACGCAUCUACUUUGAUCUGGACCAGUCGGGCAGGUACCUGCUCAGUGGCGACACAGAGAGAGUGGUGUCGGUAUGGGACACCCAGACAGCGCCUCCUGAUGGUAACGAGGAGCUACUGCAACCUCUGCUCAGGUUCCAGGCCCAUUGGGACUGCACCAACGGCAUCAGUAUUCAUCCCUUCAUGCCACUGUUGGCAACAUCCAGCGGGCAACGCCAGUUCCCGUCGCCCGGCGAGAGUGAGGGCGACUCGGCCUCUGAGGGCGAGGGAGAUGAAGCUGUGGUGUCGCCUCAGGAGACCCGACAGGACAACGCCCUGAGCCUGUGGUGGGCCGGGCCGCUCGGCCCCGCCGAGGGGAGCCAGGAGCCGAGCACUGAGGUGGUGGAGGCCUGAAGCUCUGCUAGCUCAGCCAGCUGAGACAAAUUGAGUUACACCUGCCAUGUGAUAUUUAUUUUGAGAACGCUUUCUAUGGAUAAAGCUAAUUAUGAGUCUUUUUGCCGUCAGCAACAUGAAGUCCUGGGGUGGGAAAACAUUUCUGGAUCAUUUUUAAACAUCUGGUUACCAUAAAUAUUUACAGUCCAAGUAACUUUCUGAAAUUGAGUCUUAACAUAUCUGCAAGUUUACAACAUUUACUGACACACUUGCAGAGAUCAAAUUAACGGGUCAGUGCAGAACAGAUUUACAGGGUUCUGUGUAUGAACAAUUCAUUGUUUAAAGCCAGUUUGGUAAACAUGAAUUGGAACUAUAUGCCAAGACUGAUCAAUGCUAAACGAUUGAGACAACAUGUGGAGUGCAGAAGAAUUGGAUUGGACAUCUCUCAAUUUAGUUAUUUAAUUAGUGGAAAAACAGUGUCUGUCUACUGACUAGUGUCUUUAGGAGUGUUUGUUUACGUGUGUGUGGCUGUAACGCAGCCCCGGAGAUCCCUAACUGUUGUAGUUCCAGUAAGUGCCAUUUGUUCUUGAGCUUUGCUUUUGUAAACUGAUGGGACCUUCUUUUUUUUAAACUAUUAGACACACCAGGUGUUGUGUCGCUCUGUGCAUGCCCACAAAUGUAUAUUUUUUGUAAAGCCGUGAUCAUUCUUACUUUUCGAAUGUAUAACUCUGUAAGCAGCUAGCUUGAUUACUGUAACCUCAUAGCAAUCUGUGAAAGUAUGUAAUUAGUUGUGGGUGGAAAAAGGAGUAUUCUUGUUUUUUUCUACAGAUUGGGCUACAUUUGUACCUGUGUGAGUGGUGAUGUGGCAGCACAAAACACAUAAUUGCAUUAAUGUUGUACUGCAGUUGGUUUGGUCAAUGCUGAUGUUGCCGUCAGUGGGGUGUGCUUUGCUUUAGGUUCUUUUAACAGGUAGAUCAGAGGAAGCACAGCAUGAUCCAACUAAAGCCUUGUAUCUGUGAUGCUGAGGAAUCAAUCAAUUUUGAAGCCUCUGCUGAUCCAGGUUUCACUCCUUGAACUCAAAUUUGUUGCCAAGCAAUAGCAGCUAUGAUUAUGUAGCUGCUAUUGAACAAGACUACACAGAUUUUCUUUGCCAGGAAGCUUUAGGAACCAUGUCGGCCUCGACCGUGUGACAUGCGUCUCUAGAUGGAUGGCUGUGUCUGCUGCAGGUGUCUUUCUGGUGGUUUUAUUCAAGCUGCAGUGAAUUAAAAGCAUAUCUCUUCA